GCUGGAUGACAAUAACUUGUUUGACAUUGCUUAGUUGCCAAAUGGUGCGGGAAGUAUAAGAUCAUUCUUGCAUAAAAAUGAAAUGACUAAGUUAAUAUUUAGUUCCAUGUACAAAAGUUACUUUCCUGUGUACAUUUACAAUUUCACCAGAUCAUUGGUAAAACUGAAGAGAAGAAAUCUUAUCAAAUGACACAUCCCUGAGAACAAAUCUGUCAAAACUCAAAAACCAAAACCAAGCACUUUAUCAGUGAUUUUCUCCUGAAUAAGACAUAUCAAUAAGCAUAUAAGCAAAACUAUCAAAGAAAAUGAGUGAAGAAAAGAAAUUCUCUAAUAAGGGGUUGACCUUUCAACUCUAUCUGAGAGGAAAUGAAGUAAGAAAAAAUGAAGUUCUUAGAAAAAUGAGAUUCCUCAAGGAAAAAUCGCUUUCUAAAAAGUUGUCAAAUAACACUGACGUAAUUGAAGAGGCCCUUGAUUUUUGGAUUAAAAAUCAUUCAAGAGAAACUGAAACGGCACAACCAGCAUCGCAAUUGGUCAUCAAUCAGGACUUUGUACCACUUCAACCAUUUUCCUCUGUUUCUCAGGAUGACACAAACGAAUUGAUGUUUUUAACAACAACAAGUGCCAUAAACCUUCUUGUAGCACAAUCGAGUCAUCACCAAGAACUAUGUAACUCCACUCUUCAAUGGGAGAACAGUACAAUGCAUGGGCACGUCGCCAUUGCUAAUCUUAGAUGUGAGCAUGGACAUAAUAUAAGAUGGACUUCAUCCCCAUACAUGGCAAAUGCUCAUUUUCUUGUUAAUUAUAGAGUGUUCCAUGGUUAUAUUACAUCUGGGAUGAUACCUUCAAAGUAUGAACGAUUCUCUGAAGGUGCUAACAUUGGCACCAUGUCCCAAAGCUAUUUGGACAAUCUUACAAAGGAGUUCGCCAAUAUAAUUAAAUCUUUGAAAAAUGAAUCAUCUGAGAACGCUGUCCAGUUGGAAAUUGGGAUGUAUCCAAACUUAGAAGAAGGAAUUACCAUCAUGACAGAUGCUAGACACGGUUGCAGAAAGAACGCUAAAGACUGUGAUAUAGUUUGCAUUGGUGAAAAAACUCAUCAAGUCUUGCAUUCAAUCCAUGUUACAAAGAGAGAUGAUCCCUGUUCACAGCGACAUGAAACAUUCGGCACACGCAGAAUGUAUGAUGAUUUUGAGAGGCAAAAUGUGUCUAUUGGUACACACGUUCACGAUUGUAAUGGUGCUGUGAACUGCCUUGUGAGAGAUACUCAGAUAUUUACGGACAACCAAAAUGACUCAUGGCAUGCCUGCAUUGCUUUAAAGAAGCAAAUUCAAAAUGUUGCAUCAGGGCCCAAGUAUAAGCAUGGUCAAUCAUGGCAUGCUCAACUGGAAGAUAAACCAGAAGCAAUAAGGAAAUUUGCUUAUACAGCCAUGAGAAAUUGUGAUGAGAAUGCAGAAACAUUGAGAUACAUGCUGGCAAAUAUGACUGAACAUUUCCAAAAUAAUCAUCAAAACUGUUUUGAUCAAUCUCGCUGUCGACUAGAUCCAAACUAUGAACCAAGUACAAUUGUUGUGAGAAACGAUGUUGCUAUUCGACUAUUAAAUGAUACAAUUAAAAAAAGCACAAUCUAUAAAAAUGCACAUAAUUACACAAAGGCGCUUUCAACAGCAUAUGUUGAAAGUUUUAACAAUACACUAAACAUGUUCCAGGAUAAACGGAUUUACUUUCAAGAUAUUCAAUAUGAAAUGAGGACAAAUUUAGCUGUAUUAUACUGGAAUGAGAAUGUGGACAGGGCUUAUACAAGCUUGUUCGAAUCAGAAGCCCCAGACAUUCCCUUCAAGCACCCCAAAAAAGUUCUAACAAAACCAACAUAUUCCUUCAGAGAAAACAUUUGGGAAAAACUGAUUGAAUCAGUUUAUACCUAGAACCAAAGGAUCAUAUACAACAUUGAAUCAAAACAUAUUUUGGAUUUUUAUAUAUUUGGAUAUUCAUCUUCAGUUCUGGAUUACUUGAAUAAUGGUCAUGAACUGGUAAGUAGGCACAUUUUGUCUAUCACUUCAUAACAGAACCACAUGCUUUUGUUUACUUGUCAUGACCUUUGACCUGAGAGCAUAACAUAUUAUUGGUCAAGUUCAAAUUAAAGCCACAUCCCACUGCGAAUAUUUAAUGAGACAUUUAAAAUAUUUCUUUUCAAGUUUGCUUGAAAUAUACUGGAUAAUAUUGGAAUAUGAAUCGACAUUUCUAUUCUUUAUGGUUUAAUACAUAACUGUUAGAAAUUUGGAUGACUGGAAGUUCCUAGAAAUCAUGAUAUUGGCAAAAUCAAAAUAAAUUUACUGGUUUCAGUGAUUCAAACAUUUUCAACAGACACAAUUGGCUGUUCCAGGCUCUUCCAUCUUCCUUUUAUACCCGGUUUUCCCCUUUAA